AUGGGGUUCAGCGACAUCCCCGUGGAUGCCCUCACGCAUGCCUAUUUCAGCUUUGCCUACAUUACUCCUGGAGACUUCAAGGUGGCCCCUAUGGACGACCUGCCCAGCUCACUAUUCGACGAGUUCACCAACAUCAAGAAGGGUAACGCGGGCUUGCAGGCCAUCGUCGCGCUCGGCGGCUGGACUUUCAAUGACAAUGGCACCGCCACCCAGCCGGUCUUCAGUAAUAUGGUCAGUACGGCUGCGAACCGGAAGCUCUUCAUCGGCAAUCUAUUUGGAUUCAUGCGCAAGCAUGGCUUUGAUGGUGUCGAUUUCGACUGGGAGUAUCCUGGUGCCGGUGAUCGCGGCGGCAAGCCGGACGACGGCAAGAACUUUGUCACGUUCCUCAAAGAGCUAGACGACAUGAACAAGCAGCAGCCAAAGAAGUACAUCGUGUCUUUCACUAUCCCUACCAGCUACUGGUAUCUUCGACACUUUGACCUCAAGGCCGUGGACCAUGUCGAUUUUGUCAAUGUCAUGAGCUAUGACCUCCACGGCAUUUGGGACUCUACUAACCCCAUCGGAAGCCACAUCUUUGCCCACUCCAAUCUUACCGAGAUCGAGGAGGCCCUCAACCUCUUGUGGAGGAACGACGUCCCCGCCAAGAAACUCAACCUAGGUCUUGGGUUCUACGGUCGUAGCUUUACCCUCGUUGAUCCUCUGUGUACCAGUCCUGGCUGUGGAUUCAGGGGCGGUGCUAACAAGGGGCCUUGUAGCGACAAUUCUGGAACUCUCACGUAUCGGGAGAUCCAACAAAUCAUCAAGGAUAAGAAGCUUACGCCGCAUCACGACAAGAAGGCAGGUGUGAAGUGGAUUAACUGGGAUCAGGACCAAUGGGUAUCUUAUGAUGACGCCGAUACGUUCAAGCAAAAGAUUGAUUUUGCCAACGAUCAGGGCCUUUCUGGUCUUUUGAUCUGGGCUAUUGACCAGGACACUCAGGACCUCGAUGCGCUGAAGGGUGUUGUAGCCCCGAAAAACCUCAAACUGUUCGCAAAGAAGGCCGAAAAAGAGGCAUUUUGGGGAGAUGCCACGGUGCCGGACUGCUACGUGACGGAUUGCGGCGGAUCAUGUAAACCCGGUUGGCUUUCCAUCGAAAAGCAGCCGUGCGGUGGCGCGAAGCCUGUCACCCGCCACUCCAAGGAAGCCGACAGCACCUUGUGCUGCCCCAUGGAGGGUGCGCCGAAGAAAGAAGACUGCACGUGGCGAGGCAACGAUCCGUGGUGCAACGGCCACUGUCACGACAACGAGGUAGCAUUGCAGCUAAACCGUUGGGGUGAUGGCAAGUACUGCGAAGAUGGAAACAAGGUCUACUGCUGCCAAAGCCCCGUGGCCGAGGGCCACCAGUGUUACUGGGCGGGCGUUGGGAAGAGCUGCAACAACGACGACGUUGCCAUGACUUUCUCGGGCACUUUUCUUCAGCUAAUUGGCGACCUCGUGUCGACGUUUGGUGGCCUGCGUGGAAAAAUGCUUGUGGAUGCCAUCGAAGACGCCGCCGACUUCUUCGGCAUCGACGUGCUCAAAUACUACUGCUGCCCCAAGGACGACGCCGAAGAGUUUGAAAACUGCAAGUGGUAUGGUGAGCCCGGCACUUGCUUUGACAACCAUUGCCCCAUCGGCUCGCACUCAGUGCAGAUCACAGACAGCCCAUAUGGCGAGGGCGAGGAUUGCUUUCCGCGCGUCGAACGAACCCGCGUUUACUGCUGCGACCCGGUCAAUGGCGCCUCCCCCUUUUUGCCCGUUGACCUUGACAAGCUCUUCCCCAGUCCGCCCACGGGCGACAGCGUUGAUACAGACCAUGAGCUGAAUACAGAUGACGAUAGCGAUGAUCCGGAUGAGACAGCCUUUAGCUUCGUGGUCAUGACGUCGCCCGAGGAGCUGCAAGUGUCGCUGGACAAACGCGACGGCUCCCAUUGGGCCUUGUUCAACUGCACCAACACCGAUGAAGAAGUAGAACAGACGAUACAGAUGGUCUGUACAGACGUCAGCGAUAAUAGCAACUGCCACAAGAUUGGUUUGGGCCACGGAGUUCCCGGCACAAUCCUCCAGAUGCCGCGGGGUUGCGGGCCGGGCAAGUACGCUGUCGCAAAGGAGAUGAAGGUGUCGAAACACCAAAUCCUGCCUCGAGACCUUUCCAAUCUAGACCACAAACCUGUCAUCUAUGACCUAACAUUUGACUAUGACUUCCACCGCGUGCCUCGCGAUCUUGGCAACACACAGCUUCGCAUCGACUACAGCAACGAGCCGGGGUAUUGGGACGAGGUCGUGGCGGGUGCGGUAACAGACAAAAAGAAGCGCAAGCGGUCCCUCGCGGACACCGGCCACAGCCACAAACGUUGGCUGGAGGAGGAGUUUCGUGACGACGCACACUUCGGCGGCCUGAACAAGGAGGAAUUCCACAAGCGCUGGUUCGGAGAGACGGUGCUCGAGUGGCUCGGCAUGAUGACAAAGGGCGAGAUCAAGAAGACAUUCAAGCACAACCUCGACGAUGUCUACACGGCCAAGAUUGUCGAGGAGCGAUGGAGCUGUCCCGGACGCGACGGCUAUCUGCUCGCCCAGGCCCAGGCUCACGUCAAGGUGGGCACCAGCUUCGGCUUCUCCCUCAUCGCUACGAGUCUCUUCCCCCUGGACCUGAGCAACUCGUACCUGACCUUCAGCAACAACGGCGAGAUCACCUGCACAUUCACGCUGGAGGCCCUGGUCCGCUUCCAGUACGACACCGAGGAGCGCCCCAUCGGCGACCCUAUCCCAUUCCCAGGGGCCGGCAUCCGUAUUCACGGAAUCGCGACCAUUGGCCCGCAGCUCGUUCUGCGCGGCCGCAUCGAGGCGGGGGUCACAAUUAGCACCACUCUCGAGGCCAACAUCGAUGUCGUCUCGUGGGAGUACGACUACCGGCUCCCGGCGGAGAUAGAGCCCGAGAACCCGGACAAGGCCGAGUACGGCGACACGGGGCAGAAGAACGGGCUGCUGGCGCCGACCUUCUACGCGGGCGUCCUGGCACAGGGGGACGCCAAGGCGCACCUCAUCGCCUCGCUCGAGUUUGGCGUGAACUUUGACGAUCGCUGGGACGUCGGUUCCCUCACGGCUCAGGUUACGGCCGACAGCUGGCUCGGAGUCAACGUAGCGGCCGGCAUCAGCACCCAGGCUUCAUGCCCCUUCACCUGGGGCAUGAAAGCGGGCGUCGAUCUCUACGCCAAGGCCGACGGGUUCAAAUGGACCACUGACAAGUACCGAUUGCCCGGAACCGCCGAGUUUACCAUCUACCCGGGCGGGACGUGUCCGGAUCUAUCGACAGGAAGUCCCACUAGACGAGGUCUUGACGGCUACGAUCCGUUCAACGAGACCGGGGCACUGGCCGAGCGAUCGCUGGAGAAGCGGGCUAUUGGUCCGUUCUUCCACAUUCCUGUUGGAAGCCUCAUCUGUCCCAACUCAGAGACGUCUGACGCAGGGUGGGAAAGCUCCCAGCUAGAGGGCGCCUUGAAGCGAAGGGACAUGCCCGAAAUCUCUGGAAACGAAACCGAAGAGGAACUUCACUGGUUGCUCCGACGCAGCACUGAAAGCAGCCGCACUGUAACCUUUUGCAAAUCGUACAACUUGAAGGCCCCCCGCGACAUCUAUGCAACCGAGCACAUCCUGGAGCUGCAGAUGGUUGCCAUCUUCCUCGACAAGAUGAACGACGAGUUCGGACCUAGGGGAUUCCCAAGCUUCCGGCCGGGCGCCGAUCCUAACACCAAGCAGAGCUUCUGCCAGGCCAUCAACCAAUUGUGGCGGACAGUACCCCAAGCUUCGAGGUUUGCCAUGGACGGCGUAACUCGGGAUCCCAUCGACCACAUCAUGCCCGUGUAUUCGAGCAAUGACAACACGCACGUCGGCGAGUUCGUGCUGCUGGAGAAGGGGGUCAACACGGCCAAGGAGGGAAUGUGGGGACGCAGCGCCAUCAAUGCCGACGCAACCAUGAACAGUUACAUGCAGUCGGAGCCGGCCCGCGCCGUCAAGAACCUCAAGGAUGUCAUGACGGCACUCAAGUACAUGCAGGACACGACCAUCAAUAGCCGUCUCAAAGCCGAGAAGGAGCGGGUCGCGGCGCGGCUCAAGGAGCUCGACGAGGACAAGAUGCCCAACUGGGACCGGCAGCAAUCUGGUCGGGCCUGGGGGCGGUGGGAGAAGAAGGACCUCGAGGGGAAGUGGAACAAGUUCAUGAAGCAGCAGGCCGAGACCGCCAAAGACAAGGCCGUGAAGUACAUGGACGACAACCUCAAGAACCUCGAGGACGCGUACGUGACGACCUACAAUGAGGAGCAGGCCGAUCGGCCCGGCGAAGAGAACGCGGCGCUCAAGACGCUGCUGGAGAAGAUCAAGAAGGUCCGGGAGGAAUGGACGCGGUAUAAACCCAACUCUUGGGAGAACCCGUUCGCAUGA